GGUUGAGAGGACGGUAGGCGGCGGACUGGAGAGCUGGCGCAGCUGCUGGGGUGGCAGCGGCUGAAGUGGCGGCCGCUGCGGCGGCUGCAACAGCUUCGGGCUCGGGGUGUUGGCGGCAGCGCAGGCGGGCUGGGCUGCGCGGUGCGGACCCAGGCGCGCGGUCCAUAUUGCUGGGGCGGCGCGUGGAUCUGCCUGGAGUUACUCUGAUGAUUUAUGAAAGAAGUAAAUUGCCCAGUUGCCAUUCACUGGGUCAGUUCAGAGGCAGAGUUGACUGAGCCCAGAGAUCGCAGCUUGAGGAAGGAACCUGCUGGCGUUUUCAAGUUCAAAGAAGAUGUCUCUAAUGGAAUUUCUGAGAAGCACCUCUGGCCCAGUGGCUUUGAAACGGAGCUCAAACCAGAGACGAUUCAAAGCCUUGUUCAUCACAUCCUGAGGGCUGCAGGAGAGGCGGACAUGGCUGUGAGCCUGGAUGAUGACGUGCCCCUCAUCCUGACCUUGGACGAGGGUAGCAGUGCCCCCCUGGCGCCCUCCAACAGCCUGGGCCAAGAGGAGCUGCCCAGCAAAAAUGGGGGCAGCUAUGCCAUCCACGACUCCCAGACUCCCAGUCUGAGCUCCGCGGGCGAGAGUUCCCCCUCCACGCCCACCAGCCCCAACUGGGAGAUGAAUUAUCAAGAGGCAGCGAUCUACCUCCAGGAAGGCGAGAACAACGACAAGUUCUUCACCCACCCCAAGGAUGCCAAAGCGCUGGCGGCCUACCUCUUUGCACACAACCACCUCUUCUACCUGAUGGAGCUGGCCACGGCCCUGCUGCUGCUGCUGCUGUCCCUGUGCGAGGCCCCCGCCGUGCCCGCGCUGCGCCUCGGCAUCUACGUCCACGCCACCCUGGAGCUGUUCGCCCUCGCAGUGGUGGUGUUUGAGCUCUGCAUGAAGUUGCGCUGGCUGGGCCUCCACACCUUCGUCCGGCACAAACGGACCAUGGUUAAGACUUCCGUGCUGGUGGUGCAGUUUGUUGAGGCCAUCGUGGUGUUGGUGCGGCAGACGUCCCACGUGCGGGUGACCCGGGCCCUGCGCUGCAUCUUCCUGGUGGACUGUCGGUACUGCGGUGGCGUCCGGCGCAACCUGCGGCAGAUCUUCCAGUCCCUGCCGCCCUUCAUGGACAUCCUCCUGCUGCUGCUCUUCUUCAUGGUCAUCUUCGCCAUCCUCGGUUUCUACUUGUUCUCCCCUAAUCCUUCAGACCCCUACUUCAGCACCCUGGAGAACAGCAUCGUGAGCCUGUUCGUCCUCCUGACCACGGCCAACUUCCCAGACGUGAUGAUGCCCUCCUACUCCCGCAACCCCUGGUCCUGCGUCUUCUUCAUCGUGUACCUGUCCAUCGAGCUGUACUUCAUCAUGAACCUGCUUCUGGCCGUGGUGUUUGACACCUUCAACGACAUCGAGAAGCGCAAGUUCAAGUCUCUGCUGCUGCAUAAGCGGACGGCCAUCCAGCACGCCUACCGCCUGCUCCUCAGCCAGCGGAGGCCCGCCGGCAUCUCCUACAGGCAGUUCGAAGGCCUCAUGCGCUUCUACAAGCCCCGCAUGAGUGCGAGGGAGCGACUUCUUGCUUUCAAGGCGCUGAAUCAGAACAACACUCCCCUGCUCAGCCUAAAGGACUUUUAUGAUAUCUAUGAAGUUGCAGCCUUGAAGUGGAAGGCAAAGAGAAACAGAGAGCACUGGUUCGAUGAGCUCCCCAGGACGGCCUUCCUCAUCUUCAAAGGCAUUAACAUCCUUGUGAAGUCCAAGGCCUUCCAGUAUUUCAUGUACUUGGUGGUGGCAGUCAACGGUAUCUGGAUCCUCGUGGAGACGUUUAUGCUGAAAGGUGGGAACUUCUUCUCCAAACACGUGCCCUGGAGUUACCUCGUCUUUCUUACUAUCUACGGCGUGGAGCUGUUCCUGAAGGUGGCGGGCCUGGGCCCCGUGGAGUACCUGUCCUCCGGAUGGAACCUGUUCGACUUCUCCGUCACGGUGUUCGCCUUCCUGGGACUGCUGGCUCUGGCCCUUAACAUGGAGCCCUUCUACUUCAUAGUGGUCCUGCGUCCCCUCCAGCUGCUGAGGCUGUUUAAGUUGAAAAAGCGCUACCGCAAUGUGCUGGACACCAUGUUCGAGCUGCUGCCGCGCAUGGCCAGCCUGGGCCUCACCCUGCUCAUCUUCUACUACUCCUUCGCCAUCGCGGGCAUGGAAUUCUUCUGCGGGAUCCUCUACCCCAACUGCUGCAACACGAGCACGGUGGCAGACGCCUACCGCUGGCUCAAUCACACCGUGGGCAACAGGACCGUCGUGGAGGAAGGCUACUACUAUCUGAAUAAUUUUGACAACAUCCUAAACAGCUUUGUGACCUUGUUCGAGCUCACAGUUGUCAACAACUGGUACAUCAUCAUGGAAGGUGUCACCUCGCAGACCUCCCACUGGAGCCGCCUCUACUUCAUGACCUUCUACAUCGUGACCAUGGUGGUGAUGACCAUCAUCGUCGCCUUCAUCCUCGAGGCCUUCGUCUUCCGCAUGAACUACAGCCGCAAGAACCAGGACUCGGAAGUUGACGGUGGCAUCACCCUCGAGAAGGAAAUCUCCAAAGAAGAGCUGGUGGCUGUCCUGGAGCUCUACCGCGAGGCGCGGGGGGCCGCCUCUGACGUCACCCGGCUGCUCGAGACCCUCUCCCAGAUGGAGAAACACCAGCAAAGCUCCAUGGUGUUCCUGGGACGGCGAUCGAGGACCAAAAGCGACCUGAGCCUGAAGAUGUACCAGGAGGAGAUACAGGAGUGGUACGAGGAGCACGCCAGGGAGCAGGAGGAGCAGCGGCUCGGCGGCAGCGGCGACGUCCCCUCCGCCCAGCAGCCCCCCGGCAGCCGCCCGCGCUCCCAGACCGUCACCUAGCCCAGCGCCCGGAAGCCGUCUCGUCUAUGCAAUAACACAAUAGUAUUAUUUUACUACGACAUAUCGAACUAACGUGUGUGUGCACACACUCAUAUAUAUGCACAUACUCAUAUAGAGGAAGAAAGAAGACAGGAUGGGGCUUGGUUGGCGACCACCUUGCCCUGUUUUCCUUAACUCAGAAGCCAGCUGGGUGUGAGGGGUCAGGCCGCUAGGUCUGAGCUCUUCCUAACGUGGAAAGCUCUAGAAGCCCCCUUCACAAGAAGACCACAUGAAUGGAUUCUGCCGAGUUCUGCAGGGCUUGCCCUGAGCCCCGGCCCCGCUAUGUCCAAAGCCGCCCCUGCUGCUGCUCUCAGGCUCCGUCCCGCCGACAGCUUCCCCGCCACGGCCCGGGUUUCUGAGUCUUGCUUCAGGGACAAAACCACUUAGGAAGGAAAGAGCCCCGAUACCCCAGGGUGGUGUUUCUGUAUGUAUGACAGUGUCCCAGAACGUUCCUUUGGGGGCAAGUGCUCAGGACCUGACGGAGAGCGGAAUCAAGGGUGUGCUCAGAGCUCAGAUAGCCGGCGGCCGGCCACGCGAGAUCGCGCCGACCUGACCCGCUUCCUUCCCUGGCUCUGUAAGCUUCCCUCUGUCCUUUGGUUUGACCCUCCCGUGGGAACCAGGCGUCGCGGGUCAGGCGGCGGCUGCCACCCAGACCGAUUCCUGGAACGCGCUUUCUUGACUAAAUCCCUUUCCUUUGGUUUACCUAUUCGAGAACCUGCUAACGUUUUGGUUCAUUAAGGGUCACGCUAAAGGCAGCGGCAGGCCCUCGCACUCGUGUGCUAGCUGUCGCUGUUGGGCAGGAGUGCACGGCACAGAGGGCUGCAGGACGUCGCUGCCACCCCCUGGCGGAGCCUGGCCCGGUCCCACCUCCCCCGGGCGGUCACCUCCCGGGACGCGGCUCGCCCAGGGCUUUCAGUGGCAGGACUGGUGGCUGCAGAAGGAGGCUCAGAUGCACGCCCAGCUAACCAAAUUCCCGGCACCCCGUGGAGUCUUAGAUGCGUUCCGAGCGUGGUCAAGGAAGGAUGGCGCUCAAGCUGGAGCAGGCCGCCGGGUUGCCAGCCGUGGCGAGGGGGCGGCAGUGGCUGCAGAGGCAGGGUCAGCGCAGAGGUAGCCGUCGCCCGGCCCUCCUGAGCCGCAGGAGCAACAGGACACGGGGUCCGCAGGGGCAGCUCAGGCAGCGGAAGGAGGGUGCGGCGUGGGCGGGGGAAGCUGUCACUGGGACGUCCUGCGGCCGCGUCUCGUGACUUCAGAAGGUGGCGGACAGAGGCUCCCUUGGCCGCAUCCUUCUGGCCACAGAGUGGGCAGGGCAGAGCCUGACCCCAGGGGAGCAGCACCCAGUCCCCUCCCCACCCCGGCCACUGCCUGGGCCACGCCGGACCCACGGCCAGCACCGCCCAGCUCCCCCUCGCCGGGCGAUAAGUGGUGGGUGUUUCGGUUUUUAAAGCACAGCCCUUUGGGAAAACGACAAAUCAUGGAGAACCACUGUGAGUCCCACGUGGGGUCAGGAGACUGACGUUGUCCCCUUCCUCUCUGGAGGGCCAGCGGCCAUCGCGGGAGCUCGCCCUGAGCCCCAGGCCAGAACCCUUCCCCUCCACGGAGAAGGGCUUUAUUUGCACAACCGGGUGCCUUUUAGCUUUUGUGUAUUGAAACGGGCACGGCGGCAGCAAGGGUCAGGGUACAGCUCCCAAAGGCGGCCGCCUAGUCCCUGACCCAAGCAGCUGCCCCGUGCCAGUCCCUUCCCCCGCUGGGCUGCAAGCCAGGAAGGGCCAGCAGCCCGGGGAGUUGACGCCCCCACACCCCUCAGAGAGAGCCGCUUCCAGGCCGGGGGCGGGGUCGCAGCCCCUCCAGAGUGAGUGUCGCCCGUGCGCCCAACCCUGCCCUGGGAGAGGGCCUGGUUCAGGUCCAGACAGGACAGAUGCAAGUGGCAACAGUGCUGACGGGCCAGGCUCCAGCCAGUGGGAGGCACCCUUGUCACGGAGGCUACGGACAGCCAUCCCCGAGGAGGUCCCCUGGGGCCCCACCAAGUUGACACUCGGAUUUGCCCACCGAGCAGGGAACAGGGGUCACCCAGGCUGAGAGCUCCGAGGGCACCGGAUGUGAUCAAGCACAGAUGCCCUCUCACCCUCCCCGUCACAGCACAGUGCACCCGAGUGGCACUCGCCGAUGGCCAGGGUCAUAGCUCGGCAGCCGUGGCAACCGCACCGUGACCCUGCCCGACACAAAGGCGGUGUGGGGGGACGCUGCCUGGUGCCACCUCCCCCUCCCCUCCCCUCCCCUCCCCCAGCUUCACCCCACACCUCGAGGACAAUCAUUUUGUACGGAUCACGGGAGCUACGCUGUAAGGUUUUGUACAUUGGUGAUUUGCUACCUAGAAAACCCACUGUGUCUCCGGAUUUCUGGCAUAUUAAUAAAAGAGCCUCUGCUUUGUAAA